GCCUCGGGCGCUCUGAUUGGAGCUUGUCUGAGAGCGUCGGAGGUCAGCGGCCACCCCCGGGGCCUUGGUGUUCGGUUCCCGGGUCCUCCGAGUUCCAUUCCCAGGCGGGUCUGGGCUCGGGCGCCCAAGCACACCCGCUGUGUCCUCCGGUCGCUGUGCUGAAGCCGCGACGCACGUACAGCCGGAGUGUGGCUGGGCGGCCCUGGUCACCCAGGCCCGGGCGCGGAGCGUGCGUCGGACGCAGGUCGGGGGCGUGGUCUCCGCCGGGACCCGCGGUCAAGGCCCGGGAAGGAGGGGAGGGCUUUGGGCCCCAGGCUGGAGUUCGAGCGUCUAGCCUGUCCCUUUACGUCUUGGGCACAUCACUGCAUUGCUCGGGACCUGGGUGCCCUCCCCGUGAACCAGGCCCACAGGCCCACCAGGGGUUGCCGCGCGGCCCGCUCAGCCCUGGCGCCGGGCAGCAGGUGUGGCGGAGGAGGGGAAGGACGGGAGGCAUUUCAGGGCGCCGAGUCCGGUUAUUUUUAACCACCCGCGCCCUCUGCCUCUUCCCGGAGUUGGAAGGCGGUUUGGGGCCUGCGCGACCCCGCCAGGGGUUGGGCGGAGUCCAGUUUAGGCAGGAGGUAUUGAAAGCGCUUUACAGUUUUCAAGUGGAUUCUUGGUCCCGCUGGAGAUAGCUGGCAGUAUUGAUCAGCGAUGAGGAAACUUGAAGUGGCUGCAGGGCCUUAGUGGGUCCCCCCGCCCCAGCCUUUGACCAGCUCAGGCGCCAGAGCCCUCUUGUCCUAUUUUUAGUCUGGGCAAAUUGGGGGCAGGGGUUGGGGCUGACUUCCGCAGUGAUUCAGGCUUCAACUGCUCUAGGCAUCUCUUCACCAGGCAACCGAGCCCUGGGCACCCAUGGCCCAGCCGAGAGGGCACAAGUCCUUGGUGCCCGAGCUAGUCUGAGCCCUCGGUCAUCUGCUCAAGCAACCGCACAGUUCUGCCUGGUGUCUGACUCGUCCCCUGAGUUUGCACCUGGGUCACACACCCCCCUCAGCUCUCAGGGCCUGAGUGCAGAACCUGAGGCUGGAGCUUGGUGGCCUGGGCCUGGGAAAGAUCUCUGCCUCCACUUCCCAAGUGCCCGGCCAUACCCAACCUUACAGUUCUGGACCCCCCACUUGUAAACCCUUCUUCACCACGCCGCUGCCAUUUUACAGGUGAAUAAACAGCUUUGGGCCCUCAUCUUCCCUUCUCUGCGGCUUGGGCUUCCAGCCUCUGAGGACAGCUGCUCCCCUACCUCCACGGCCCCCGCCAUUGUCCCCAACCUGAGGGACCAAGAGAGGCCCCUGUCUAGAGGCAUUGGGCCAGUUCUCUGUUUCGGGGGGGGGGGGUCCUUAUUUAUUUAUUUGUUUGUUUGUUUGUUUUUAAAUAAUCCCUACACUGAACGUGGGGCUGGAACUCAACUCCGAGAUCAAGAGUCAGACGCUCCACGGACUGAGCCAGCCAGGCCCCCGUUUGGGGUCUUUAGAGUUACCUUGCUUGCUGCCCCCACAGCCAGGCCUUCAGCCUUGACUGGCAUGUGCCUCCCUGGGCGGCCUGGGCCUCCUCACUCAUCCUGUCCUUUGACUCGAUUGCUCUCCCUCUGGGGGCUACCCUGUUGAGAUGGGGGGGGGACGGAACUGUGGCCCCCUGAGCUUCACUGAAGUUCCCUCAGAGGCCUGAGGGGCCCUCCAGUGCAGGCUGUCUGGGACCCCAGGUUGUAUCUUCUCUAGACCUUGGUUUCCUCCUGCCUAUGGUUAGGAGGCAGGAUGAAGCAGCCUCGAGACGCUGGCUGCAGGCCCCAGGAGACUGGACUGUGGGAGUGGGCAGAGUCUGGACGCUUUGCAGUCAUGGGUCCAGAUCUCGAAAAUGGCAGUACCGAUGAUAAGACUCACCUCACGGUCUUGGGUGAUGUCAGGGGUCCUUGAGGGUGGGUUGGAGAAGAUGGGCCUCACUUUCUGACCUGACACAAGUCUCGGGGCCUUUGUACAGGAGUUCCCCUCUCUAGGGCGUGGGUCAGCUGUUUGCAGGUUGGGGAGAGGGAGUUUGGGCAGCUCCCCAUCUCCUCCCAAGAAACCCCUUCUGAGAAAUUCCCAGGAAUGCCCCUCAUGGGCUCUACUCAUGGCGGCCCAGCACGAUGGGGUCUGCCCCACUGCCAGCCUGGCCACCCCUCGCAGAGCUGUCUCUACACCCCGGCUCUCUUACAGGCAGACAGACCAUGGCAGAGUUCUCCCAGAAGCGGGGGAAGCAGCGCGAUGAGGUCCUGGGCGGCACUGUGGACUUCCUCCUGGCCAAUGCCCGCCUGGUGCUGGGCGUGGGCGGGGCCGCCGUGCUGGGCAUUGCUACCCUGGCUGUGAAGCGGCUCAUCGACAGGGCCACCAGCCCUCGAGAUGAGGAUGACGCCAAGGGGGACAACACAUGCCUGGAGGAGAGCUGGAAGGAACUUAGCCUCCUCAAGGCCACGCCACGUCAACAGCCCCGGACCCCACCUGCUGCCCUCACCCAGCCCGUGUCGCUCGCGGCCCCCUUGCCAGCUGUUCCAGCGGGGCCCGCAGACGCCGGGCCUCAGAUGUCGCCUCCACUCAGCAACCCCGCACCGCUGUGCCUGACGUUCCAGGAGAAGCUGCUGGCGUUCGAGCGGGACCACGUGACCAUCCCAGCGGCGCACGUGGCUCUGGCCAAGCAGCUGGCCGGUGACAUCGCCCUUGAGCUGCAGGCCUACUUGCGGAACAAGUUCCCGGAACUGCCCUUCGGGGCGCUGGCGCCCAGCGGGCCGCUCUACGACGGGCUGCAGGCGGGGGCGGCCGACCGCGUGCGUCUGCUGAUUCCCCUGGCGCUCGAGGGGGGCCUGUGGAGCCUGGUGCCCGGGCUGGACACGGUGGCCAGGGACCCUCGCUGCUGGGCCGUUCGCCGGACUCAGCUGGAGUUCCGGCCCCGCGGGAGCAGCCCCUGGGACCGCUUCCUGGUGGGCGGCUACCUGUCCGCGCGCGUGCUGCUGGAGCUGCUCCGCAAGGCCCUGGCCUCCUCCGUCAACUGGCCGGCCAUCGGCGGCCUUCUUGGGUGCCUGAUCCGGCCCAGCGUGGCUUCGGAGGAGCUGCUGCUCGAGGUGCAGCACGAGCGCCUGGAGCUCACCGUCGCCGUGCUCCUGGCUGUCCCCAGCGCUGCCGUCGAAGAGCCCCACCUGCUGGCCUGGCCCCUGGAGGGGCUGGCGGGGAACCUCUGGCUGCAGGACUGGUACCCGGCAGAGGCGGCCCGGCUGCGGGCCCUGGACGAGCGCGACGCCGGGAGCCGCCAGCGGCUGCUGCGGCUGCUGUGCGGCGUGUGCCGCAGCCACCCGGCCCUGGGGCGGCUGGACCGGAGCCACCUGAGCCAGGUGGUGCUGCACCUGGGGGAGGCCGAGGCGGAGUGGGCCGAGGCGGCCCUGGGGGAGCGCUUCCUGCAGGUCCUGGAGGUGCUCAUCGACAGCCUAGAGCGGGCCAGCCUGCCCUGCCACUUCAACCCCGACGUGAACCUCUUCGGCGGCCUGCGUGCGGAGGAGAUUGACGACCUUGGCUUCGCGCUGUACAGCGGCCUGCAGGCCCCUGAGUGGCUGCUCUAGCUGGGUGGGGACAGGGCGGCUGGCACUCGUUCUGAUGCGGGUGAGCGGGGGGCACUUUCCCUCCAGGCCUUUGGAGAGCACUUUUUCUCUUGCUUUAGCCAGAAUAAAAGAGGGUGCGUUCUGUUAAGCCCACGGGGUUAGCAUGUACGUGGGCAGCAGUCACGGGAGCCCCCCCCAGGCCUGGAGAGCUCGGCUGGGGGGCACCUGAGCACGGUCAGGCUGCCUCUGAGGACAGCCCGGAGCGCCGGCCAUGCGCACGUGUCCUGUCAGCCCUCGGGCCGCCCCUAGGACCCUGGGCUCGGUCCAUCGUCACCAGCAGUGAACGCACUGACAGAACCCGGCUUCUGCUGUCCUAGGCAGGGGAUACAGGCAGCUCCGUUUUUCUGUCGAGAGGGUGAGUUAGCGCUUUCCUCGGGUGCCAGCUGCAGGCAUCUCGAGGCUUCUGGGGCUGGGUGGUAAACACUGUGUGUCUGUUUCGUCCCCCAGGGGCCGGAGUCACCUGCUGCCCACCCCAGAUUGCAGCUCUGGGGCGGAUUUGAAGGCUGCGUCUUCUCCCGACAUCACCUGUGUGUCUAGCUGGCUUGUGGAGCUCUCCCCUCUAGCCUGGGGCAGGAGCUCAGUCGGACGUGCUGCCCAUCUCAUACCUCAGGGGAAGGCCCCUGUCUCUCCACCUGGGCUGUUUGCUCUUCGGGAAGCCGAGGUUCCCUGUGCUGCCCGCCUUGCCUGGAGCCGAGGACGCCCCAUUAGCUGCUGCUGGGCCCCGCCAGAGAGCAGAGGCCGUGCCCCCCCACCCCCCGCCCCGCACCAGAGAAGCCGGCGGGGCAGGUCUGGCCUCCACAGUGCCACCAGGAACUGUGCCCCGCCGCCACCUGAGUUCUCCCUGAAGCCUGGCACGGGUAGGGAGGGGGUUCUGUCUCACCUCCCAGGCAUCCCUCCUGCCUGGCUUUGGUAUCCUUCUUGCCGAAGCAAAGCUAUGCCUCAAAGAAUGUGAGUAGGAAUAAAAGGAAACAUUCAGAUGUCUA